UAAUCGCUCCUAGUGGCGGCUCUCAGCGCGCAUGCGUGAACAUUUAACCCAGCAGGUAAACUCCACCAUGGCGGCGAGAGGCCAUGUGCAAGAUCCCAACGACAGGAGACUCCGACCGAUAUACGAUUACCUUGAUAAUGGCAACAAUAAAAUGGCGAUACAGCAGGCAGAUAAACUGCUGAAGAAACAUAAGGACCUGCACUGUGCCAAGGUCCUAAAGGCCAUCGGCCUUCAGAGGACUGGGAAGCAAGAUGAAGCUUUCACUUUGGCCCAGGAAGUCGCCACUCUAGAGCCCACGGAUGACAACUCGUUACAAGCUCUGACUAUACUGUACAGAGAGAUGCAUCGUCCGGAGUUGGUCACCAAGCUGUACGAAGCUGCGGUGAAGAAGGUUCCUCUCAGCGAGGAGUACCACUCUCACCUCUUCAUGGCGUACGCUCGCGUGGGCGAGUACAAGAAGAUGCAGCAGGCAGGAAUGGCCUUGUAUAAAAUCGUCCCCAAGAAUCCGUAUUACUUCUGGUCCGUCAUGAGUCUGGUGAUGCAGGCCAUCUCAGCACAAGAUGAAAGACUGGCCCAAACCAUGUUCCUGCCCCUGGCUGAACGCAUGGUGGAGAAAAUGGUCAAGGAGGAGAAGAUUGAGGCAGAAGCUGAGGUGCAGCUGUAUUUUAUGAUCCUGGAGCGCCUGGGAAAGUGUGUGGAGGCUCUCGAAGUGAUCAGGGGUCCACUUGGGGAGAAGCUGACCAGUGAGCUGCAGAGCAGAGAAAACAAGUGUAUGAUGCUCUACCAGAGACUACAACGCUGGCCGGAGUGUAACGCUCUGGCUCACAAGCUGCUUCUCAAAAAUCCUGACGAUUGGCAGUUCUAUCCCUCCUAUUUCGACUCGCUCUUCCACCUCAUCGAUCAGUCGUGGAGCCCGCCGGAGGAAGGCGACCACUGUUCGGAGGGUUCGGUACAUCACACUGUGGCUGAAGUGGUGAGGUUUGUGGAAGACAGAAUCAAAGGGGAGGACGGCAAAGACUCUCGUUCACUCAGAGGACCCUAUUUAGCUCGGCUUGAAUUAAUCCACAGACUGAGGGAACGGGGCUGUCCUGAGGAAAAACUGCUAGGUGAGCCUUUAGAACUAAUGGUGCAGUUCUUUGCAAAGUUUGGAGACAAACCCUGCUGCAUCACCGACCUAAAAAUAUACCUCCACCUGCUCGCUCCUGAUCAACACGUUCAGUUCACUAACCGUCUGAGUGAAGCGGUUCCACUGGGGGAGCUGGGAGAGGAGGGAUUCGCUUUUCCAGAGGACACCAAAGCGCUACAGAGGCAUUUGUGUGUGUGUCAGCUGAGUCGAGCGCUCGGGCUGCAUCACUCCCUCGACGCGGACGGAAAACUGCGGCUUAUUGCGGAGCUCAAAGCUCACUAUCGCCAUGGACUCAAGUUUGGGAAGAACGCUCUGAAGACGGAGCUGCAGUUCUCCGAUAUGUAUUGUCUCAUGGUAGCUCACGUAUACGUCGACUUAUGGACGGAGACUGGGGAUGAGAACAUGGUGUGGCAGGGUUUGGGCGUCCUCCAGGAGGGUCUGUCUCAUAGUCCCUCCAACGCCCAGUUCAAGCUGCUGCUGCUGCUCCUCUACUGUCACCUGGGAGCCUUUGAGCCGGUAGUGGACCUUUACUCCAGCCUGGACGCCAAACACGUGCAGCACGACACCAUAGGCUUUCUGUUAACGCGUUACGCUGAGUCACUGGGUCAGUUUGCUGCAGCCUCCCAGUCCUGUAAUUUCUCCCUCAGGUUUUUCCACUCUAACCAGAAAGAUACCUCAGAGUAUAUCAUCCAGGCGUAUAAGUAUGGAGCGUUUGAGAAAAUCCCAGAGUUCAUUGCUCUCAGGAACAGGUUGAACCAAUCGCUGCACUUUGCCCAGGUCCGCACUGAGCGGAUGCUGCUGGACCUGUUCCUCGAGGCCGAUAUUGUGUUGAGUCUGGAGGAGAGUGUCAAGGCCAUGUCUUUGUCUGCAGAGGAGGAUGACAUCCCCUGGGAUAAUAUGAGGGACAACCGAGACCUUACAGUUUUUACCAGCUGGGACCCUAAAGACAGAGAGCUGACUGACGAGCACCGGCGUCGAUCUCUUGACGAAGAGGCCGUCUGGCUGAGAAUACGCUCUCUAACUCUUCGCCUCCUCGCCUCUUUGGCCGGGUUGGGACACACACCCUCCCAGCAAAACUCUGUGAUGGCCAACGAGAAUGGGAUCGGAGACAAGACCUCGAUCCUCAGCAGCCUGCUCUCGCAACUCAACCAGACUCUGCAAACCGCCGCGCAGAUAGCAGAAAAACGUGUACAGUAUCCAUUCUUGGGACCACCCUCCACCCGCCUGGCCCCAGCUCUAUCCAGCGGGAGCUGUCAGUGCCAGGCCGCAGCCCUACAGCUGUCUGUCCACCUACAGGAGCUGGAGACUGUCGGACUCGACGAGUCGUCGGAGCUUCAAACCCAGAUCUGUAACGGUUUCAAAUCAUUAGUAGUUCAGCUUCAAGACAUACUGAAUAAAUGCAAAGGGGAUUUAUUGGAAAUGAAAGAGGGCAAAUUAAAAACCUGGCCCUACCUUUUAGAAACCCUAAUCUUCUUUGUUGAGACGGUGUGCAUAGUCUUGUGGAUGGCUAGUCACUGUGCCAAGAUCCUCCGACCACUCAAGACUAGUCUACAGAAGAAAAAGAAGAAGAAAAAGGAUACAAACACAGCCCUGCCAGCGGUGGUUUGUGGGUUCCAGGAGCUGACGGGGGGCUUGCAGGACCUGCUCACCCAGGCUUUGGACCACAUAAAGGGGCAGGAGACUGGCGUGACGGCCCUUAAACUGGCCAGUUUAAGCUUGGAAGGAUACCCACAGGAUGAAGCUUCGUUUAUGAAGUCUGCUAUGGACAAGGUGCAGAGCAGUUACCUGCGCUCACUACAGGAGGUGGGAGAUCUGCUCAAGAAGAGAGCGGAAACUAUAAAGAACCUCAAGAUCUGAACACCAUCACACGCCCCAAAUAAAGACGACUAUACCCCCCCACACACACACACACCCAUCAGCCCCCCCAAACGCCACCGUCUGUCAGCCCACCAGCUAACCCACGAGUCCCCACUGUCCCCCGCUGCUCCGACAAACCCCCCCCCCCGAGCGCACCGCCGUUACUGACGACCUCCCUUCCUCCUGCGUCUCUCUCACCCAGUGUUUGUGAGCUCUCAAGUCUGGAAUUUUUUCUUUUCACUUUUCUUUUUCACUUUUCAACACACACCUCUGGGACAUUUGCAACUCUUAUUAUAAUAAUAAUAAUUAUAGCACACAAGCUUGUAAAGUAAAACUCAUGAAUUUAUACAGCAGCUAUAAGUGGAAACAAGGAGAGGGGGAAAAAAAAAACACAUACAAAUGCUCAUUUAAAUAUAAAAUUAGGUAAAAAUGAAUAAGCAGUUUUAGAUGAAUCUAAUAAAUUAUUGUAUAUAGUAAAGAGCAACUACCACAACAAUAUAAGACAAUAAACCACUAUUCUGUUCA